AUGAGCCAGAGGAUUUCUUGCACACCUGGCUCUUUCACAAUCUUCCAACCUACCAACUUAGCCAGGCGUCACAUUCAUUCAUCAAAACACAUUCAUUCAUCAAAACAUCAUUACAAACAACUAUUAGCGCCCAUCGUCAUGGAUCACGAUCGCCAUGCUCGACGAGAGUGGAGUCACCGUUCGCGGGGUUACAAAAUGGAGGGCCCUGUUUCCGGAAUGAUCGAAACUCUCGAAAGUGGAAUAGGUGUCGUCAAAACGCACCAUGUCGAGAUGAAACGGAACCUCCACUCGGCUUUCGCCAUCCAUUCGUCUAUACAUCUAGCCGACCAGCGGGGCGGGUUCGAUGAGCGUUGUCGAGACCCCGGCCUCCUCGACAAAAUCAUGACUCCACUGCCCAUGGGCGCAGGCGACUUGUUCCCCGGGUGCUAUGUAUCAAAGCGUGCGUACGAGGAGUGGGAUGUCGACGGCAAGGACACCAUCACGAUGCAACUUUGUUGCGAACAGCCCAAUCACUUGGGUUUGCCACCGGAGGCUAUCACAGCCAAUUUGGCGGUUGAGCUGUCUCCUCCCGCACCGCCCAACAGAAAGGGAGCGAAGUGGGAAAGGCAUCGAUAUGGGCAGGUUUGGUUCCGGUUCAGCCUGAGCAUGGAGACCGACAUCUUCAACAUGUGCAAACCCGUCGUGGCGCCCUCUGGGGCAUCUAGCAAUGCGCCUGAUGCCUUCGGCAGUAGAGCCGAUGUCGUUUCCGCUGAUACGGCUGCUGCCACUACAGCACUGGUGAACCUUCAAGGGGCUGGGGAUCAAGAGGUGGCGAAGUUGACGGCCGAGAGGGACAAGUUCAGAAGUGAUUGGGCGAUGCUAUCGACAGAGAUACGAAACUUGAAAAAUAAUCUGGCCGUCGAAAAAAACAGCGCGGAGACGGCAGAGAAGAAGUUGGAGAAGGCAGAGAAGGGGCUGGAGAAGGUAGUUGAGGAGAGGGAUAGGUUGAAGUCAAACUCCGAAAGGCAGGCCAAGCAAAUCACAGCCCUGAAUUAUGCUCAAGUAAAACUCAGGAAUGAGAACGCAAAACUCAAGGAGGAGCGGACAGAGGCGCAAAAUACAAAGAAGAAGUUGGAAAGAGAAGCCAAAGACCUCAGAGGGAAGAACGCUGUCUUGGAGGAAGAUCGGAAGGCCGAAGAGGACAGGCAGCAGAAGGCUCGUGAGGAGGAGGACAUGAGGCAGAAGAUGCUUGAUGCCAGAGAACGGAGCUUUUGUGAAUGGGAAAGGUUGCUCGAGCAGAGGGAAAGGUCACUGGCCGAGAAGGAAUGGUCACUGGCCGAGAAGGAAUGGUCACUGGCCGAGAGGGAAAGGUCACUGGCCGAGGGCGCGCCUCAGCCGCAGCAGGAGGCCCUUCAGAAUGAGACUUCUCAAGCAGACAAUAACACCAUUCCGGAGAAGUCUUUCCGUCCGAUUCCGGCAUCUGACAAUGCGGCAAGUGAAAGAAGGCAAAGUAUUUGA